AUGGCUCCCGGCUGUACCUACACUGAGGGCUUCCAGAGUAUUACCCAAGCCCCCGACGUCUCUACUUUACCGGCGGCCGUCCAGGCGGGUUACUACCCCGGACCUCCGUCGCCUGACAUAGGCUACCUGUCAGAGACACUCGGACCCGCACCCUUUGGCCCUCAGCCAUUUGCGUCCCAGACGUUCGGACCCCAGGUCACGUUGGCAACCCAGUUCCCGGGACCUCAGGUUCCGUUUGGAUUUCAGGCUCCGGGACGCCAGCCAUUUGGGCCGCAGAUGCUGGGCCCUCAGAUAGGCGCCAUGUACCAGCGCACCUACAGACUGCAACACCUGGAACAGUGCCUACCGCCGUACACACAACCGUACCCACAGCCCGCAGCGAUCCCCCACCCGCAUUACUCGGCUGAGCAGUACCCAGUGGAGCAGUACCCGGUGGAGCAGUACCCAGUGGAGCAGUACCCGGUGGAGCAGUACCCGGUGGAGCAGUACCCAGUGGAGCAGUACCCGGAAGCCCGACAGUAUCCAGACCGGCCGCAACCAUGUGCAGAAGUUGAGUGCUCGGGGGGUGGUUUCAACGAGGACAUGGAUAUCGUUGUACCAACCGAACCCUACGACAACGCCAUGGGCUGCCAUCGGGAGACUCCGCGGAUAUCUGGCUUGUUUGGAGCUGGCCCCCCGUUCGGAACUGGUCCCUCAUUUGGAACUGGCCGCCCCCACUCGGGAGCCGUUACCGCAGUCAAUCCUCCCGCUGGGUGCUAUGUUGGACAGUCUUUCUGGGACCCGGCUGCGUCCAUACCUCGGCCGCGGGUGCAGCAGGAACCGCGGCGCGUCCCGAACCCCAUUGCGCCUCUGUCGGUCUCGAGGCACGUGGGCAGACGCCGGACUCGAUCGCCCGGCCUCCAAUCGAAACUCCAGAUGGCCGCAACCAAAAACGAUCGAACGGUCGGUGCCCGGCCCCACGGAAAUGGACGGAGCCCAAAAGGGCAGCCAGAACGGAGAUUGAAACCACAACUGAAACGGAGCGUGAAACCACAGCCAGAACGGAGCCUGCCGGAACGGCUGCCGAGCGACACCGAGGGCACCACACCUAUCGUGGCCGUGGCUGGCGACUCCGAUGAAGCGCUCGACGUCGGCGAGCCGAGGCUGCAAGACCUCUCGCCUGCCCGGGAAAGCACCCCUGACCAGGAAGGUACCUCUGGCCGGGUAGGCACCCCUGACCAGGAAGGUACCUCUGGUCCGGUAGGCACCCCUGACCAGGAAGAUACCUCUGGUCCAGUAGGCACCCCUGACCAGGAAGAUACCUCUGGUCCAGUAGGCACCCCUGACCAGGAAGGUACCUCUGGUCCGGUAGGCACCCCUGACCAGGAGGGUAUUCCUGAACCUCUUCCCGACAAGCAGCAUCCCACGGACGCGAACAUAAUCCUCCCGUCUGGUGCGGCGAAGUCUGAGGCUCCACGAGUCGAGACCCGACAAACCGGGGGUCUACCUGCGGAGGAGGCUUCACAGAACGAGGAACGUCCACAAAUCGAGACUUCACAAGUCGAUGCUCCACAGGCCGGAGGUCUACCGGCGGAGCAGCCUGAACAGAACGAGGGGGCUCCACAAGUGGAGGGUCCACAAGUGGAGGGUCCACAAGUGGAGGGUCCACAGGACAGGGCCCAUCAAGUCGAAGCUUCACAUCACGAGGCUGCGCAUGAUGAGGAUCCACGGACCGAGGUUCCGCUGCCGGAGGAUGCUCCACACGGCGACCAAGCUCUGCAAUCCGAGGUCCCUCAGACGGUGUGGACUCUACACGGCGAGGCUUCACAGGACGAGGAUCCGGCACCGCUCCCAGAGCCUUCACACGCCGUGACGCCACAGCAGAAGGCUCCAAGUGACUCGAUCCACACGCAGGCUGAAAGAACAGAAGUGGUUUCGGCAGGCUCGGCAGAAGCGACUGCGUCAGUUGCAGACGCCCCGCACCUGGCGGACCCGGCCAUGAGUGAGAGUCAACCAGUCAGCGAGAGUCAACCCUUGAGUGUGAGUAAACCCUUGAGUGAGAGUCAACCCUCGAGUGAGAGUCAACCCUUAAGUGAGAGUCAACCCUUAAGUGAGAGUCAACCCUCGAGUGAGAGUCAAACCCUUGGAGAGGGUCAAGGCGUUAGUGACAGUCAACUGCCGUGCUCUGAUUCCGUGUUUGAUGAGGGGUCAGGUUUGAGUUUGCCCGACUCGGACGAGGCUGCCCCCUCUCAGCGUUCUGUGUCCCUCGCCAGCGGGGAUGUCGCUGAGCCCGUUUCGACCGAACACGUUUCGACCGAACACGUUUCGACCGAACACGUUUCGACCGAGCCUCUUACGACCGCACCUGCUCCGACUGAGCCUUCGUCGAAGGCGGAGACCAGGGUGUUGCGAUGCCCUGAAUCUGCAGAGGUGGGCCGGAGCGUUCGAUGGAGGGACCAGGCAUCUGGAUUGGACAGUAGCGACGAAUCCGCGGGCAGUGGCGAAUCGGAGGACGAUCGACCGUGGUCUCGCAACGGGCCUGAAGACGGGGCCGCUGGGGAGUUGCACAGCAGCGCCGCCCCAUGUCAAGACGACUGCCGCCAGCGGCUUGAAAGCAGCAACCCUUUUGAAGCUACGAGUACCUCUCCUGAAGACCUGGUGGUUUUCAUGGACGGAGAAUGUACACCACCCGGCGUCAGGCCUGGAUCGAAGGCUGUCGUCCGAAUGGACAAUCACAAGCUUCAUUCACAUCCUCACACGGCGGUUGGAACUAACACGGCGGUUGAUGUUUGCUUAGAUACCGAAAAUGAGACGUUCCCCAAAGAGAAAGGCACAAUUGCCUCUCGAAACCCAGAAGACGUUGUGGUUGUAAACCCGGAAAUGGUUGUAAACCCGGAAAUGGUUGUAAACCCUGAAAUGGUUGUAAGCAUGGUUUCGGUGCCUAGGUCACUGGAACAUCCGGCACCGGUUGAGAAACCGCAGCGACGCGGAUCGGUCCAAUCCCCUCGAAUGCCUGGCGUCCUUGUGCCGGGAGUGCGGCGCGGAGUCUCCUGCGGAGAUUUAAAUAUCGAUUUGACUAGACCCAAGUCCAAGUCUCGAAAUCUGCAAAAAAGAUCACUGUCUCCCGCCAAUGUAAGGGGCCGUUGCCAGCAACUGGACCAGCAACUGGACCAGCCACCGUUCACGUUGCCCGCCGGACAGCCUCCGAUUGCAGAUCAAGGUCACGGACUAGCGCUCGGCGAGAAGAUCGCUCGCGAGGAGACGGCUGGCAAUGAGGAGAUUGAAUCGCGGGGUUACUGUCCUGCACGGUACAAGAGCCUAAAGAAGCAGGACUUGGAGGAACUGUGCGUCAAAGAUAAAAAACGUUUAAGAGUGUGUGUGCCACUAGCGGCAUUCCCGAAGGAGUUGCACUCUGAUGUAAGAGACAAGUUCGAUGUGCUGGAUUUGGAUGACCCUGAGUUGUAUUACGGUGAGGGCCUGAAUAAUCUAGUGAGACAGAAGAAAAGGGAAUUAGGGGAAGAUAGAAAAUUCAAGUUGGAGUGGGAACCGUCAGAAACCCCACCGGCUUGGCCGUCGAAAGCGCCGACAAAACGCGUUGUCGUGUGGGUAGAUAAGGCCGCCGCGAUCCAGUGGGACAUGCCCACCAAGGCGUUGCUGGCUCAGCCCUACCUGUCGCAACCGCCGUCAAAACCUCACCUCAUCGAGGAGGAGCGACGCCUGGCUGAGGAGCGACGCCUGGCUGAGGAGCGACGACUGGCUGAGGAGCGACGACUGGCAGACGUAGAGAAGCUCACAGGACACUGGACGGACAACUCGUUCAAAGCACUGCACUUGCGGGGAAACUACUAUUCCAUUUACCCCGCCGAAGCGUUUGUAGAGAGGGAUAUAGGUAACAUGGGGAAGGACUCCGCUGACAUGGGGAAGGACUCCGCUGACAUGAGGAAGGACUCCACUAACAUGAGGAAGAGGGACUCCACCGAAGAGCCAGAAGGAGGGCUUAUAAGCGGACUAACUGGCAGCAAAACAGUGGCCGACAUACUUGUUGAGGCUGAUCCAUGUCAUCGCCCCGCGGCCAGUGUCUGGUUCAUACCGCAGCAUGUGCCUCGCGAGACAUGGAUCAGCAUCAAACAGACUGAUGAGGACGAAGUGACGCCAAGUGACGACGGCGAUAAUUUCCCUAAACUACUGCGGUCUCCAGGAGGGAGACCUGUUUACCCUGCUUUAUGCACAUUCGAAGUAAUCAACUAUGACUCAGGCCUCGUGCACCUAGCUACCCCUCAUGAGGAAAGGUAUGUUUCAAGCCAGGUUGUGCCCCGAAUCCCCCUACUGCACAUGCUUACUCAAGGAAAUGCCAUCGUCGACGUUCGUCGGUUGCUGAAUAUUUUAAAGCAGCAGUGGCAAUCCCAGAGACCAACGUAUUUGCGCUCAUUCACAAACUUUAAGUGA